AUGAAAGUCCGUAUUUUAAAAUAUUUUUUUUUUUCAAUUAUUAUUAUUUUUUUUGAAUACGCCAAAAACGAACUAUACUUUGUAAACGAUAGAGGGAUGUACCUUGAAAGGAAUGUAAUAAACUUUAGAAAUAGUAGGAUAUUAGCAGAUGCAGAUAACCAAUUUGAUUUAAAUGAAUUUUAUGAAUCAACUUUGAGUCUUGCAAGUCAACUUGGUGAUUUUGUUGAAGGUAACAAAGAAAUAACACACCUUCGAAAUAUUAUAGAUUCACAUAUAAAGAAGCAUAAAGAAAAUGCUACAUUACCCAAUUUAAAUAAUUUAGAUAAAAGAACUAAAAAGAUAAUUUAUAAACUUCAAAAAGAAUUAGAAGAAGUAAAAAAAGAGCUUGAUAAUAAAAGUAAUAGUGAAAUAAUAACAAAAGUGAUACAAGAUAAAAUAAUAACUAAAACAGAUGAAAAUAAUUAUGUAUCAGAAUAUGAAUACUUUAAACAAUUGAAAAAUGUACGAAAGAUAGACAAAUUGUACAAAGGAUUAAAAGUGAGGGCAAUGCUGAUGUUUUUUCUUUCUUUGGUGAUACUACUAUCAGGAUCCUUUAACGUCGCAUUUGUUAUUAUGAGUUUAUUGCUUUCAGUUGAAACAUUUGUUAGAUCUUAUCAAUACAUUAAAUUACUCUUUAAAGUAUAUAAAAUUCCCCGAAAAUUAAAAACAUCAAAAUAA